UCAAAAGAUGGCGCUGCCCAUGUUAAGAGGCUGUUAUAGAUUCCCAUCAACGUUUAGCUUUACUCGUCUGUUUUUAAAUGAACGUUUCUUCCUGAACCGGUCCGGUAAAACGCGCCUACCUCCUUCGCCGCCUGCCGGUGCGGCAGCGUCAGUCCGCCCCUACAGCUCCGACCGGGGAGGAGAAAAACAGAAGCAGAAGGUGGUGGUAGUCGGUAUCCCGAACCCUUUCAUCUGGUUCCGCACCCGGAUUUACUACUUUCUGAUCAGAGCGUACUUUGAUAAAGAUUUCAGCAUUGAAGAGUUCACGGAGGGAGCGAAGCAGGCCUUCACCCAUGUUUCCAGACUCCUGUCACAGUGUCAGUUUGAGGCUCUGGAGGGGCUGGUGGCUAAAGACUUGAUUGGAAAGCUGGAGGAAAAGUGCAACCUGCUGCCACUGAGCCACAAGAAAGCUCUCUCUGCAGAUCCUGACGAGAUCAUGUACACAACGCCCGGAGACGUGGGAAUCUACUAUGAUGAUAAUGGCAGAAAGUUCGUCAGCAUCCUGAUGCGUUUCUGGUAUCUGACUAGCGCGCACCUUCCUGAGGACACCUUGGAGGGGACUCGUAUCUUCCAGGUGGCCAUCAGUGGAGAGGGACAAGCAGAAACAAAAAGACUGCUAACUGCAAAUUAUGAAUUCCAAAGGGAGUUUACUAAAGGAGUGCCACCAGACUGGACCAUUACAAGGAUAGAGCACUCCAAGCUUUUGGAUUAAGCCGGUUUUGAUUUGAGGUCUUUGUGCCAGUGGGAACUAGUCAAAGACAUGAAAUUCUAUUCAAUAUUUGGUUUCAUAAAUUGAGGACAAAACAGCUCCAGGUUAUCCACAGAGGAAAAACAAGACACAGCUACUCACUGGGAAGUCAGAGGAAAGCACCAGGACAAACCUGGAUCCAUCCAUUCACUGUUCUCCUACAUGUUCUCCAGAAGUGUCUACAGUCAGUGUUUCUGAUUGUACUCUUCACAAUCUCUAAUAUCACAGAAACCAAUGGUUAGAACUUGGUUUGUAAACUCUUGCUUUGGACAAUUUUGUGAAAAUCAAAUAUUAUUUUCAAAUAAAUCAUAGCCUUAUUUUAAUGAUUAAAUAACACGUGAUGGGUGCAGUGCACUGCAGAAGACUUAACAGCGACAUUAGGUGAUGACAAACACCACAUGCUGAUUGUCCUGAUGCAGUAAGUGCUGCUCCAGUCUGAUUCUUCAAGUAAACACUGAGGAUUGUUUGCUGACACAAACUUCUGACCUGAGACUGAUGAUUUGACUGAAACAGUUAAAUACUGUAAUCAGAUGUUUUUUCCCAUCAACCUUAGAUCUGCUGCUGCACACACUUUAAUAUUUAAACACAGAUGGUCUUCAGAGGUCAAAACAUCAAAAAAAACAUGUGAAACCUCUUCCUGAGAGAAAACAUCUUAAUCGCCUCUGUUUUUGAAGACUGACUGCUUUCUGAUACAGUUUUUCCCAGUUGAGAACUUUUGUUUCUCUGUGUAUGACUGUGUGAUAUAAAGGUGUUAAUAUUCAGCGUGCCUGAUUUUUUUUUUAUUCAAAAAAAAGUCUUUCAUUGUAUUCCUCGUAAAAAAUAUUUGACCUGUGGAAGUCAUGAGAGGUACAUGCAGUAUAUGUUCUGGGUGUGUUAAGGCAGCUUCAUGCAGCUGCAGCAGACCGGUGGUUGUUUUAUUAAAGAUUUCAGAAAUGAA